AUGUCCAAUUUUCAGCAGCCUCCUACCACUGCUAAUCUUUUCUUCUUUGCCGGUAAAAUUGGUUUUGCGGCGCUUUUCAGACUCCUGAGUGCCCCAGUUCGCUGGAUGAACUGGAACGGGGCUCCAGUCUUGUUCAAAGAUGUUGUCUUUGCCGCAAUUCGCUGCAUGGUCUCCAAUCUCACCAUCGCCCAGGCUCGCUAUCUUUACAAAAGUACUUCAGAGACAUACGAAGCCUUUUGCAAGAAAACAAAUCAAGAGCCGAAGACUCUCAAAUUGGGCGACGGCGAUGCUACUGCUCAUUGGAUUGGGGAGGAGGACGCUGACACUGUGAUUCUUUAUCUUCAUGGCGGCGGAUACACCCAACCUUGCACAAUUGAGCACAUGCAAUAUUUGAAUCGUCUAGUUAAAGACAUCAACAAAGAUCUUUCCGAUAGCACUGCAUCCACAUCUAUCUCUGUGCUACUCCUCGCCUACACUCUCGCGCCUGAAGUGCAGUUCCCAGAACAGCUGAAGCAAGCUUCUACGAUGCUCUCACAUCUCCUUCACGACGGCAAGAGAGCGUCAUCUAACAUACUGAUCGGUGGAGAUUCGGCUGGAGGCAAUUUGGCACUCUCGUUACUUUCGCAUUUACGUCACCCGCACCUCGAUAUUCCCAGUGUGCCUCUUUCGGUGCCUCUAAGAGGUGUUUUCCUCUUUAGUCCAUGGGUAAGCUUUGAUACUAGUCAUGACAGUUUCGCCAGAAAUGCUGGAAAAGAUGUUCUUGUAGCGAACAUGCUCCGAAAAUGGGCAGGCAUGUUUCUUGGGACGGUAAAUGGAGAGAUUGAUCCGGGUGUUGUGGCUGGUGGUAAUAAUUACAGUGAGCCGCUGCUCGCCAACGCUUCUUGGUGGGAAGGCAUGCAUAAAAUCGUAGGCUGUGUAUGGAUGUACGGUGGUGAAGAUGAAAUUUUUAUCGACUCACAGCGCGCAUUUGCGUCAAAAUUUCUGGAGGGAUGGAAAUCUGGUGGGGGUCUCGAAGAAAAUGUUGUGUUUGACUUUGCCACAGACAACGCCCACAUUGGACCGAUCUUGGAUGUCAUGCUGCAAUAUGAAGAGAAGACCGGGACACAGUUGGGUUUCGAGAAAUGGUUGAAAGGAAGUCGGGCAUAG